AUGAGUUCCAUUGAAAAAGUUAUGGGCAGUCUGUACAUCCUUUUGCAGCAGGGUAAAGUUCUCUACUUAGGCGUAUCUGAUAGACCUGCCUGGGUUGUCUCUGCAACAAAUUACUACUCUACUUCUCACGGGAAAACUCCAUUUAGUGUUUAUCAAGGUAAGUGGAAUGUGUUUAACAGAGACAUUGAACGUGAAAUAAUACCAAUGGCUAAGCAUUUUGUUAUGGCUUUAGCUCCAUGGGAUGUUAUGGAGGGUGGAAGAUUCCAGAGUAGAAAGGCAAUGGAAAAGCGUAAGAAGAAUGGAGAAGGUCUGCGUUCUUUCUUUGGUACCUCCAAACAAACAGAUGUGGAAGUUAUAAUUAGUGAAGCAUUGGCUAAGGUUGCUAAGGAGCAUGGCACUGAAUCUGUUACUGCUAUUGCUAUUUCCUAUGUCCGCUCUAAAGCGAAACAUGUUUUCCCGUUGAUUGGAGGAAGGAAAAUUGAACAUCUUAAACAGAACAUCAGGGCUUCAAGCAUUGAAUUGACACCAGAAAAAAUAGAAUACCUGGUGAGUUGUUCCUUCCGAUGUCGAUUUUCCUACUAA